UUUCUUAUUCUCUCUGUAACCUGCAUUCCAGUCCCUCUCUUUCUCUCUCUAAAACUUUGGUGGAAGAAAACAGAUAUCUGUGUGAAUGACCUCUUGCUCAUAAUCAGCAAUUGAAGAAAUAUGUGAAUCCUUUUCUCUCUCAACAAACCCAGAACCCGUUCGAAUCUUCUCUGUUUUUCUUCUUUUGACUGUUAAUCUGUUUCUCAUCUCCACCACUAUUCUUUGUCGUUCCGUCUUUGGAAAACGAUUUGCCGCUGUUGUUGCUCUUGUACACAACCAAGAUGUCUGGCCUAUCCCUUGCAGUGGCACCGAGGACCGACUCCGGACGUCCGGAAGCUCCUGAUCCCGCUGCGAAACAGAGGCAACAGCAGCCUGUGGUUGGUGGUGUUAUGGGAUCUCUGCGCGUGAUAGAACUCCAGCUGGUGGCCUUCAUUAUGGUCUUCUCAGUCAGUGGGCUUGUUCCCUUUGUGGACCUGGCUUAUCCGGCCUUUGUUUCGGUUUAUCUGGUGGCCCUCUCCCGCUGGGCCUUCCCCAACUAUGCGGGCCGCAGCUCAUCCCCGGAGGUAUUCAAUGGAAGCCGCAUGUUUCAGUUGUAUGUGGUUCUCGGCACCACCGUGGGGCUCUUCUUGCCCCUGGCGUACGUGCUCGGGGGAUUUGCAAGGGGUGAUGAUCAUGCAGUGCGCUCUGCCACUCCCCACCUCUUCCUCCUCUCUUUCCAGAUCCUCACUGAGAAUAUCAUCAGUGGCUUCUCCCUCUUCUCGCCCCCGAUCAGGGCCCUCGUGCCGCUCCUCUACACGGUGAGGAGGAUCUUUGUCAUCAUCUAUUGGAUCUACGAUGUCUGGUUCAACAAGACUUUGCCUGCUAAUGCUCCUCUCAAGGAUGUGGUUUGGUAUUGGUUUGGGAAGAUCUUGGCCAUGGCGAAUUUUGUUUAUUUCUCUGUCAGUCUCUUCUGUUUUCUUAUUCCAAGGUUCUUGCCAAGAGCCUUUGAGAGAUAUUUCAAUGAGAGGGAUGAAGUGUAUUCCAAGACUGUCGAGGACAAGCGCUCCGCCGCUGCCGCCGACGAGCAAAAGAAGGGAGAUUAAAGAAGGGAGGGUGAUAUGUAGUAUUAAGAUCUAAUUUUCAUAUUCUCCUUCUCAGAGUCAUCUCAUGGAGGGUUGAGGGUUGUGUUUUCCAUGCUUUUGACUGUUGCAUCAUGGUGUUUGCAUUUUGUUGUGAUUUAGAUGCUUUCAUGUCUAAGAUAACGAGUUGUUGAACAAUGGUUUACUUAAGAAUAAGUGGGCACAUGCAACCUACACGAUUUAGA